CCUCCGCACACCUGAACAGAGGUGGAGUGGGGAGUUUGGCGCCACGUGCCACGCGGCACGCGCCACGCUGUUAGUACUCGCUUGGAUAGUAGUGGUGCGCGAGCUACGCAGCCACGGGUCCCGUCCGCCACACAGGCUCAUCUCGCGCCAAAACCGAGACAACACGGACCGACUGGACAGAGAGAAACAAGAGAAAAAAGAAAAAGGAAGAGGGAGAGCCGUGCUUUCAUCAGCGAGUCUUCUUCGUUAAGCUCCCCUUUCUGCCGGCGGCGCCCCCCCUGCUGUUGAAGCUGUGGUAUGAGCCUAUGUGGCAGAAAGGCGCUGACUUUGCUGAGCAGCGUUUUCGCUGUUUGCGCUCUGGGCCUGUUGGGGAUCGCUGUAAGCACAGAUUACUGGCUCUACCUGGAGGAAGGUGUCAUCCUUCCCCUCAACCAGACCAACGAGAUACGCAUGUCCCUUCACUCCGGCCUUUGGAGGGUUUGCUUCUUGGCUGGGGAGGAGAAAGGCCGGUGUUUUACUAUAGAGUAUGUGAUGCCCACUAACGUCCAGAUGACCUCCGAGUCCACUGUUAGUGUCCUGAAGAUGAUCCGUUCUGCCACACCCUUUCCUCUGGUCAGCCUCUUCUUCAUGUUCAUUGGUUUUGUACUGAGUAACAUCGGCCACAUCCGCCCCCAUCGCACCAUCCUGGCCUUUGUUUCUGGAAUCUUCUUCAUCCUGUCAGGUCUCUCUCUAGUAGUUGGUCUGGUGUUGUACAUCUCCAACAUUAAUGAUGAAAUGUUAAACAGAACCAAAACUAACGAGGCCUACUUCAGCUACAAUUAUGGCUGGUCAUUUGCUUUUGCUGCCAUCUCCUUCCUGCUCACUGAGACGGCAGGUGUUAUGUCAGUGUACCUGUUCAUGAAGCGUUAUACAGCAGAGGAAAUGUAUCGGCCCCAUCAGGGCUUCUACCGGCCUCGCCUCAGCAACUGUUCAGAUUACUCUUGCCAGUUCCUCCAUCCAGAUGCCUUGGCCGGGCGUGGUCGCAGUGCCUCCGCCAUCUCCUCUGAGGCCUCCGUCCAGAUGAACUCUCACAACUACCCUGCUCUCCUCAAGUGUCCUGAGUAUGAACAAAUGUCCUCCUCGCCUUGCUGAGGAUGAGUUGUUGUGUUGGAGUAAAAUUGACAGAUAAUUUGAUGUUAUCCAGCUUGAAUCACUUCCCUCCUCAAGUGUCCUGACUAUGACCUGAUUCUACCCUCCUCACUGUUUCACAAUUUCUUAUUUACUUUUUUUGCUUCUUUGGGGAUAAAACUUAAAUUGAAGGCUAGCUAGUUCCCUUUAUUCUGAGAUAAUCUUUCAUGUUUCAGGUAGAAAUGUUAGAGGAAGAGAGAGGAAAGAGUUGGACCAGGUUGUAGUUUCAUUGAUAGGUGAUCAGCAACCUGCUGAUCUGAGAAAGGUAUGGUGAAGUUAUCUGAAAGGAGUACCUUACGUAGCCUCAACUUGCAGUGAGUAAUUCAGCUAUUUGCUUGUAGUAGCCUACUGCCACCAUCCUGAUAACAUUUUGACAGGAUAACAUGCUGCACAUCCGAAGACAUGGAGUUUAGAACUGGAUAGGCAACUACUGUAUGUGCAAAGGAUGCAGAGUCUGCAGGUAUAAUGAAUGUGAAUUUCAACCGUUCAAAUAUCAUUUCAUUCAGCAUGCCGUUUGACACACAAACUAUUUGACUAGGGUUACAUUCUGGGAUGGUUGGGUUUCUGACAGAUGGUAUUUGACGUUCCAUACGAACUUCACCUCUCACGCAACCCUCUGAGAAUUUCUGCAUCAAGUGUGUCAAUUUGCAGAUGACACUGGUGUUCAGUUAACAGCCGGAAGUACUUUCCUCUUAAGGUCCUUUAUAUAGGAACCAUUAAUUGUUAUGCACCCACAGGUGUUUUCCUAAACGUUUUAAGGUGGAACUGAAGGGUGGAACGCUUUACUUUUGUUGUAUUUACAUAUAUUAUAUGUGGUUAGAUUACACCUUGUGAAAUUCUUCAUUUGGAAGCUUAUUUUUUUGGUCCCUUUCAGCAGUUUAAGGAUUGACACCAAAGGAAAGGUUUGUUUUAAAUGCUAAGUAUGAUAAAUAAUGUUUUUAAAGGCCUAAGUCUGAAUAUAUUACUGGUUAUUUAAACUUUGAGUGUAAAGGGAACAGCCCAAAUAAAAAAUGCUUUAUUUGCUCUCAUAACCAGUUAUUAAGAAAAAUACAGGACUGCUCACAUUGUUUCAAACAAUACAGAUGUACAUAAACCUUAUGUGGUAUCUGAGAACCUACGAUUCCUGCAUACGGUGGUCUAAAAGUGUAUUUAACCAACAUUUAAAAAGAAAACAAGCAGUACAGGGGCAACACUGUUUGAUUGUGUUGAUCAGAUUAGACAAGAUUUAUUAAACAUUUAAAGAAAAAGAGCAAGCCAAUGGGGAGAAGAUUAAGUUUCUGUGCUCAUAGAUUUUGAUGAAGCAUGUGAAUGUUGUGGUAUUAAAGACUAUUUUGAUAUGGAGCCAUUGAGAAUAGAAGAUAUGCUGAAGGAAACAUUGAUGAAUGAUUUCUUUUGUUGUUGCAUAUAGUAAAAUACCUCUCACACAAAAAUAUAUUAAGCCAAAUUAUAGAUGCAUAUUUUUUCAAUCUACCCCCUUCUAAUGACACACAUUCUGUUAUCCUCAGUGUGUCAAGAAGGAAGUUGUAUUCAGGUUAAGUGGCUUAAGGUUAAGUAUUGAAUAUAUACAUGUCAUGCCGUGUGAGUAAACACAUUACAGAGAAGCCUAUUGUCUUGUGCAAUAUUUUUUCUUAGUUUAAUAUAUUAUUACACUUAUGAUUAUUGUCAUUAUUUCAUGUUGCAUGGUGUGCACUACACAUAUUAUUAAUGGCAUGCAACAUUUCAUCACUGGAUCAUGUUAUUGCACCUGCACACGUAAAACAAACA